AUGAAACCACAGGCAUCCAGUGCUCAGGCUGAGCCUCAGUCUGAACCACGAAGGAAUCCGACCAAGUCCGUUCGCGUUGCGUUCGGCCCGGACCUGGAAACCCAUAUCCCUCCGCGCGAUAGAUCCCCCGCUCCCACGACGUCCCAUCACCGAUCAUUUACCACCGUCGAACACAAACCGCCCCCGUUAACUAGUCCUCCGGGCAGACCAACCAGCUCGUCAGGCGAGAACUCAGCCAUCAUCGAUUCCAGUCCUCGAUUAACUUCGGAUCGGGCCUCAGAUUCCGCUCGGCCAACGUCAACCUUGAAAAGAGCAAAGAGUGACUAUGGACCUAGGGUGGGCUUCGAAAGAUCCGCUUUUGGCGAUGACGAGGAGGACUUUGCUAUGAGACACGGAUGGCAGGAGGAGUAUACGUCGAGCGAAUAUCUCAAAAUACUCCAUUCGAAUUUCUACAUGUAUUUUACUGAGAAGCGCCACGAGACGGAUGGUAUUCCAAGGGACCCUGUCGGUAGUUGGCCAAGUCAAGACUGGCGUAUGAAGGACCGUUUGAAAACAGUUUCUGCUGCGUUGGCUAUAUGCUUGAAUAUCGGUGUCGACCCCCCUGAUGUGGUAAAGACGAACCCGACGGCGAAACUGGAAUGUUGGGUCGACCCAACGUCAACUACCGGUGGCGGCCAGACGAAAAUCAUGGAGCAGAUAGGGAAGAAGCUGCAGGAGCAGUAUGAGACGCUCAGUUUGCGGACAAGGUACAAGCAAUAUCUGGAUCCUUCAGUCGAUGAGACCAAGAAGUUCUGCAUAUCGCUGCGACGAAAUGCUAAGGACGAGAGAGUCCUCUUCCACUACAACGGCCAUGGUGUUCCUCUUCCUACCCAGUCGGGCGAGAUCUGGGUCUUCAACAAGAACUACACGCAGUACAUUCCCGUGUCGUUGUACGAUUUGCAAUCCUGGCUUGCUGGUCCUAGCCUUUUUGUUUUCGACGUAUCGCAUGCAGGAAACAUCGUCCAAAAUUUCCACACGUUCGUCGAAAAGCAUGAGAAGGAGAACACCGAAGCCAAGAAGCGAGAUCCCAACGUCAUUGUUCAAAGCUAUGGCGAUUGUAUAAUUCUCGCGGCCUGCCAAAAGAGCGAGUCUCUGCCGACCAACCCAGAUCUUCCCGCCGAUCUCUUCACAUGUUGCUUGACUACGCCGAUCGACAUCGCUUUACGUUUCUUCAUCCUUCAAAAUCCUUUGCAAUCUAAUUUCUCUAUCGACGAUUUUAGAGUCCCAGGCCGCUUACAGGAUCGCAGAAGUCCUCUUGGAGAGCUCAACUGGAUCUUUACUGCAAUCACCGACACUAUUGCAUGGAACACACUUCCGCGAGCCCUGUUCAAGAAGCUGUUCCGCCAGGACUUGAUGGUUGCUGCUCUCUUUCGGAAUUUCCUGCUCAGCGAACGGAUUAUGCGUACAUACAAAUGUCAUCCAAUCUCAUCCCCAGAACUGCCAGAGACGCACCAUCAUCCUCUGUGGAAAAGCUGGGAUCUGGCUGUCGAAAUGGUCUUGUCCCAACUUCCGGCCCUGAUUGAAAACGACGAAGGCCGCAAGCACUACGACUACCAGCAUUCGUCUUUCUUUGCCGAACAACUCACUGCCUUUGAGGUCUAUCUGUCGUCGGGACCGACGGAAAAGAAUCCCCCGGAUCAGCUGCCUAUUGUCCUGCAGGUUCUUCUGAGCCAGGCCCACAGACUAAGAGCAUUGAUCUUGCUCAGCAAAUUCCUCGAUCUGGGGCCGUGGGCGGUUCAUCUGGCUUUGAGCAUUGGUAUCUUCCCUUACGUCGUCAAACUUUUACAGUCCGCAGCCCAGGAACUCAAGCCCGUGAUGGUGUUCAUCUGGGCUAGGAUCAUGGCAGUUGAUCACACAGUCCAAAACGACCUAUUGAAGGACAAUGGAAUUCAUUACUUCAUUUCUAUUCUCAACCCUUCGUCGCCGAUCCCAGUGGGCAAUGCCAGCGAACACCGAGCAAUGUGCGCGUUUAUCGUGUCGAUCUUCUGUAAGAAUUAUCCACAGGGACAGAACGUGUGUCUCUCCGCCGAACUGUUUGAUUCUUGCCUGCGACACCUGAUGGACGUUGAAAAUCCUUUGCUGCGGCAAUGGUCCUGCCUGUGCAUCAGUAUGCUCUGGUCCGAUUUUCCGGAGGCCAAAUGGAUGGGAAUCCGAUGUGCUGCCCCUGCGCGGCUCUGCGAGCUCAAUUUCGAUCCCGUGCCGGAGGUCCGAGCUGCGAUGUUACACGCCGUCACCACGUUUUUGGGCAUCCCAGAUUUGACGGAUCAGGUCGCCCAAAUUGAAGAGUCCUUAGCCAUGGCAGUCCUUCCUAUGUCAUCAGAUGGCAGCGUACUUGUUCGAAAGGAGCUGUUGGUGUUCUUCUCAACCUUCGUUAGACGUUAUCAGAACAAAUUCUUGGUUGCCGCUUACGAAGAAUUCCAAGAUGAGAAGAAAAAUCUCAUGUCGAAAUUGGAACAAGCAGGUAUUGGGGCCUACCACCCGGAGGAAGCCAUCAAUGGGUCGACUGAUGGCUCGUCGAAAUCAAAGUCAAAGUCGCAGACUCUGUCUCGCAACACCACGUUUGGCACAAUUUGGAAGCAGUUGCUCAUACUUUCCGUUGAUCCCCACCCAGACAUAGCCCAGGAUGGCAGCAUGAUUAUUGAUUACAUUCAUCUAGCCCUCUUGCAGUCGCCUAUGGCUUCUAUAACUGACAAGCUUCGAACCGAAAUCAUGGAGCUCUCGAGCCGAGUGUCACAGAAGCAGCAUGUUCGAGAACGACCUGAGUCAAAGGCUGCACCGCCCCCCACCCCACAGUCUCAUGCCCCUCCCAAGCAGGAAGGCUAUCUUUCACUUAGUCUCAGACGGACGGCCAGCGUUGCUGCCUCCCUUAAGAAUCUUGCCUUUGGUGGAUCUUCCCAAACUGAACCGCAGUCAUCACAGGCCCCGACGUCACCUAAAGGCCGCAUGCCCAUCACUCCUCGAGGAAGGGCACCCCCAGAAUGGACCCGACCGCCGGAAGUGAACGACCAGGUCGCGCCCGCUACAGCGUAUCAUCAGGCCCCUACUCCCACGUCUCGAGGGUUCGAGUCUAAAGACCCAUCAACUGCCCCAAUCAUUCCCCUGAUGAGCAGAUUCCUAGAUUGGUCCACAGAGUACUUCCGGGAACCCCAAAUGAAACCCAACGAGCCCGACGAGCCCGGUAGCGCGGAUUACAACGAGCGACUCUGGCGACGGAGCCGCAACGAGAAGAUUAUCACGGAAACCCAACCCCUCAAGGGCAAAGCCGGAACAAGCCGAUGGGAUAGCUCCAUGGCCCUCCUCACGAACAGCAGUCAACCCCUGAAAAUGUGCUUUCAUCAGUUCGAGGAUCACAUCGCAGUUGCGGAUGACAGGGACACGAUUGCUAUCUGGGACUGGCAGAGGCAUAAGCGCCUGAAUUGGUUCUCUAAUCGCAAUCCCCCAGGGUCAAAGAUCAACGAAGUUCGCUACAUCAAUGAGGAUGACCAAGCACUUCUGAUGACAGGUUCCUCCGACGGUGUUCUCAAAGUAUUCCGCAACUACGAAUCUUCACAGGAUGUUGAGAUAGUGACGGCAUUCAGAGCAUUGCCCGAGCUUAUUCCAAGUAAUCGAAAUGCCGGUCUUGUCCUUGAUUGGCAACAGGGCCAAGGCAAAGCAUUGGUUGCCGGUGACGUGAAAGUAAUUCGUGUGUGGAAUGCCGCCACGGAAGUGUGUACCAACGAUAUCCCGGCUCGCUCAGGUUCCUGCAUCACGUCCUUGACUUCAGAUCAAGUGGCAGGUAACAUCUUUGUUGCUGGAUUUGGUGACGGUGCCGUCCGAGUUUUUGACCAGCGUCUGAAGCCCACAACUUCCAUGGUCAAGGUGUGGCGCGAACACAAGCAAUGGAUCACCAAUGUCCACAUGCAACGGGGUGGCUUAAGGGAGUUGGUGUCCGGCAGCCGUAACGGGGAGAUCCGACUCUGGGAUCUCCGAAUGGACGAUCCCAUCUCUACCAUCUAUGCUACUCGAGAUACUCUCCGCACCUUAAGCGUCCACGAACAUGCUCCGGUCUUCAUGGUGUAA